AUUUUUUCUUAGUUUUUGCUUUUAAUGAGAAUUUUAAAUUUAUGCUUGCAGUUUGAGUUUAUUAAUCCUAUAUGUACAAAAGGUUAAUUUUGACAAAAAAAACAAUAGGAAAAAUGUAAAAAUGUUAUUUUCAAUUGAACAAACUAAUGCAAAAGGUUAUUUCUGUAAUAUAUCAGGACACUAAUUACUAAUACCAGCCCAAAUGCCCAAUAAACAACAAAUAACAAAAGGGGUGUUUGGUAACAAUUUCACUUCAGGUCCCUGAACUUAGAAAACAUUUUUAUUUUGAACCUAAAAAUUUGGCAAAAGCCAAAGUCUGAGUCGAGAGAGAAAGGGAAGGUUGUGCAAAAAUGGGGGAGCAUGUGGAAGCAGACAACGCAGAAGCCAUCAUCACAAGGAUCGAACACAAGUCUCGCAAGAUCGAGAGUUUACUCAAACAGUACAAGCCAGUAGAAGCCCUCAAAACUGCUCUGGAAGGAUCUCCCCCCAAGACGAGAGAUGAACGAUGCAAGUCUGCAAAUUGGAUUGUGGUGCAUAGAGCGUUAAUGGCGAUAAAAGAUGUGGAUUUAAUGUUCACCUCUUUGGAUCCCGAGUACUACGAUAUUCUCAUGAAGUACCUGUAUAGAGGAUUGUCAACCGGCGAUCGGCCCACCUGUGACCAAUGCCUACGGAUUCAUGAAAAGCUUACACACAAAGCUGGUCUUGGAUGCAUUCUUCGUGCACUUAGUGAUACUGUAAAUACUGUUUGAUUUUUACAAUGCCAAUCAUCAUCAUAAACCAAGCUUAUUGUCUAAGAAUAAAUCAUGUUUUUUGUUCUUGUUUCCAUUUCUCUCCUACUCAUCAUAUUUCACAAGAAAAUAUGCAUCUUGUUAUUUUGAAAAUAUGCUUCUGUGUAAAAUUGUCCAGUUCGUUGUUUCUUGUUUUCUGUCAGUUUACAGUUUUUGGAUUAUAAUGGAAUUCAAAUUCAUAUGAUUAUGUAACCAAACUGGGAAUUCAUCCAUCGGAAUUGAAUUCCGAUUCCAAGAAAUCUCCUGUAAU